CUUUUAAACUAUACCCUUUUAAACUAUACCCUUUUAAACUAUCAUUUACUUGUAACUAUUUUGGAAUACUAUAAUUUACAGUAACUAUUGUUUUACUAUUUCGAAAUAGUAUAAUUUACUUUCAAACUCAACAGCUUAUCCAUGUCUCCGUGGAGGGGUUCGGUUCUAGCUCGUUUGGUGGGGGUCUUUCAACGUAUAUUCUUUGUUCCACAAGGAAGCCAUUGUCAUUGUAGUCUUCAAUCCAUUUUCCAUUUACAUUCUCCACUUUCUAUUAAUAUACCCGUUCAGGCAAGUGAAAAUCUGCUGCUGCAAACGUUUGCCUCAUUGGGUGCCCCUCAGCUCUCUGUUCUGCUUGCCCUUCCAGAAGGAGUGAUAAUUGUGGGGUAGUGCAGUUUUGUGGCCGGAAGCUCCGGUGCUCUUGUGUUUUUACCUCUUUGGGUAAAGAGGCCUAAUUAGGCAAA